AAACAAAUUAACCCCAAGUAAUUCUAAUUCUUGACUUGAAAGCAUACGCCACUUGAAUUCUUAAUUCUCUUGUAUAAAACCUUAACCCUUUUACGCAAGCUACAUGCUAUAUAUACCCAACUAUUUUUCUAAGUCACACUCUCAUUAAAAUUACAAACGGCAGUUUGAACCCAUCACAAGCCACCCACAUAUUCAUAUUCCAAAAUGGGGGUUGCAUUGCGGCGAGCUCUCCGGUCAACUUUUCUCUUCCUGGUGCUCUUAGUAGUCCGUUGUACUCCACCAGAUGAUCACAUCAAAUGCGUUUCAAAAAACACCAACUGCACUAUCACUAACUCUUAUGGGACUUUUCCUGAUCGAAGCAUAUGCCAAGCAGCAAACGCAGCGUAUCCCACCACAGAGGAAGAGCUAAUUUCACUGGUAGCCAGUGCAACCAAGGCAAAAAGGAAGAUGAAGGUGGCCACUCGUUACUCACAUAGCAUCCCUAAGUUAGUUUGUCCAGAUGGUUCAGAUGGGUUACUCAUAAGCACCAACUACCUGAAUCGUGUAUUGGAGAUUGACCUUAACUCCAUGAGAAUGAGUGUAGAGAGCGGUGUCACACAGAGGCAGCUUAUUGACGAAGCUGCCAAGGCAGGGCUCGCAUUGCCUUACGCUCCGUAUUGGUGGGGUUUAACCAUCGGUGGGCUAUUAAGCACGGGUGCCCAUGGAAGCACGUUAUGGGGUAAAGGGAGUUCGGUUCAUGACUAUGUGGUGGAGCUGACGAUGGUUAGCCCCGGUGGGCCUGAAGAUGGGUUCGUUAAAGUGCGAAGGCUCGACGAGAGUAACAGUGAACUGAAUGCUGCCAAGGUCUCUCUGGGAGUUCUUGGAGUUAUUUCAAAGGUUACUUUGCAAUUACAGCCUCUUUUCAAGCGAUCUAUAACUUACGUGGUUAAGAAUGACUUAGAUUUGGGAGAUGAAGCAGCAAGCUUUGGGCGUCAACAUGAGUUUGCAGACAUAACAUGGUACCCCAGUCAACAUAAGGCUGUCUAUCGAGUUGACGAUCGCAUUUCUUCUAACAUUUCUGGAAAUGGUCUCUAUAACUUCAUCCCUUUUCGCUCUACACUUUCUGUUGGUCUGGCUCUUGUUAGAACCACAGAGGAAAAUCAAGAAUCUCUGAGUGAUGCUGAAGGAAAGUGCAUUAGUGCAAAGCUAAGCACAACUACGCUUCUGACUUCAGCUUAUGGAUUAACAAACAAUGGUAUUAUUUUCACGGGAUAUCCUGUAAUUGGAUAUCAUAACCGCCUCCAAUCAUCAGGGACUUGUCUUGACAGUCCUGAAGAUGGAUUGCUGACGGCUUGUCCAUGGGACACCAGAGUUAAGGGUGAGUAUUUUCUCCAAACCACGUUCAGUGUCAGCUUGUCAGUCGUCAAGAACUUCAUCCAAGACGUGCAACAGCUGGUUAAUUUGGAGCCUAAAGGGCUGUGCGUCCUAGAACAAUACAACGGUAUCCUCAUGCGAUAUGUUAAAGCAUCAAGCGCCUACUUGGGCAAGCAAGAAGAUGCAAUAGACUUUGAUAUCACAUAUUAUCGAAGCAAAGACCCCAAGAACCCUAGGCUUUAUGAAGAUAUACUGGAGGAAAUAGAGCAACUAGCACUGUUUAAAUACGGGGCGUUGCCACAUUGGGGAAAGAAUCGGAACCUUGCAUUUGUUGGAGCUGUGAAUAAAUAUGCAAAUGCUGGGGAGUUUUUGAGGGUUAAGCAGAUGUAUGAUCCAACUGGGCUCUUUUCUAAUGAGUGGACAGGUCAAGUGCUUGGGCUUAAAGGCAAUGUGACCAUAGUAAAGGAGGGUUGUGCACUGGAAGGAUUGUGUAUAUGCUCGGAGGACAUUCAUUGUUCCCCAAGCAAGGGCUAUUUCUGUAGGCCUGGCAAAAUUUAUGAGAAGGCAAGGGUUUGCAGUUUUAUCGGCAAGAAGAAGCUAUUGUGAUAAUCUGGGGCAGUAGAUAGAUCGAUGGACUGGCUGCUGCUCGUCACUUAUGGGGUCACAAGCAAAUGUUUUGGCCUUUUACAAUCUAAGGUAUCCAAGCAUCUGCUGCUGCUGCUGCAAACGUACCAAAGAAAAGAAAACAGACAUAUGUACAACUUUUAUUGUUUGAAUGAACUGUUAGAAUAAUAACCAAAAAUAUUUUAUUUCUUGAGUUAAUUUAAAAGGGAAAUUAUUAUUCUUUUUCGGAUUUGGGCAACGAGAGAAUGUAACAUGUCUCAAUUUUAUUCA